AUGCGCCAAAAAGACUUAAGCGUGUGUUUCCCAACCCAAGUAAGUGGGUCUGCGACACAACCAUCACUUCCUCCGCUAGUGGUUCAAAGAUUCCCAUUAUGGAGUUGCAAUGUAUGUCGAGGAGAAAAUGUGUUUAAUAUCAGUGAUCAAAGUGACCAAAGGACAUGCUGUGAGAGAGUUCAAGAAACUCUGACACAUAAUAAUGUUCCUGCAAUAGAAGAAUCUGAAAUUACCAAUCUCAUUGACUUAAAUGGUGGUAGUGAUGAUAGACAUAAUGAAGGUGAUCAUAUGCCAAUUAAUCAAGAGGAAAAUAAUGAUGCUGAUCAGGUUCCAGUCAAUGAAAUAACAGACCUUAAUCCUGACAUGGAGAAUGAUCUUAAUCUUCAAGUAUCAAACAAUGUUGGAUCUUCAGUUGUCUGUCCAAGCCUUAUCCAAGAAAUGCAUGCAAAUGAAACAGGUUUUGAAGGCAUUGUAGCUCGUGCGUCUGAGGCGGAGCUUGUUGUUAACAAUGUCACAACUGCGUCUGAGGCGGAACUUGUUGUUAACAAUGUCACAACUGCGUCUGAGGCGGAACUUGUUGUUAACAAUGUCACAACUAAAGAUAACCAAUGCCUGCAAGAAUUAGGAAAAGCCCUGGAAAUUACUGAACAAAUAAUCGUGCCUGAACACAAUGCUGAACAGUUUCCUCAAGAGCCAGUCACUGAAGAUAAUCCUCUUGCAGGGGAUAGUGAGAAGAAUGGAAAAAAUGAAAAUGAAAUUCGGGAUCUUCAUCAAAAGAAGUCUUCCAAGAAAUAUAAAAGGGUGCGUUUCCUUAGGGAAAUACUUAGAGAAGAUGAAGAACCAGUGGCUGAGCAGAUCAGAACAGAAACACCAGCACUUCAAAAUCCUUCCAACAAGUGUGCAGACUCACAGAGACAAAAAGCUAUAAUGGAGAAGGUGGUUGAUGAAGGAGACAGAAAGAAGUUGGAAAAGAAGGGUCAAGCAGGAAGAAAGAGGAAGUUAGUUAUAGAUGAAGAUGAUGAUGAUGAUGCACCAUUAACUGAUCUCAUCAAAAGGGUUGGAAAUCGAGUAUCAAAUGAAGAAGGAUUGCCAGAGGGAAUGCAUCUUUCUUCAAAUACUUCACCUCAAACCUUGGAGAUUGAUGAUGCCACAAGGGAGCAAGAUGAACAGGAUGCUUUAGACGCCUUGCUGCAAAUAUCUCAAACUAAUAUGGAGGCAGUGUUGCAAUUCCCCAGAGUCUUUACACAGGUGAAUGUUCAAACACUAAAAUGGAUAUAAUUGGUUCAUCUCAGACCUAUGGUUCCCCGAAAGAUAACUUGUCUGGAAAAUCACAUGCUCCAGCAAUCUUUGACGAAGAAGAGGAAGAAGCUCCAACACAAGAUUUUGGAGGUACUGGUGCAACUCCAUUGUCCCUGAACAACAAUAUCCCCGAAAUGUUAUGUGGGACAAACAGAAACCCAGCUGAUUUUACUCUCAUCGAAGCAAAGAAUCCGUACAUGAGGGAUAGAGAAGAUGAAGUGCGAAAGAAGGCUAGGAGGGGACAAAGCUGUGACUCAUCUUCAAGAAGAACAAGAAGCAAAAGAAGCCCUAGCUGAAUUGGAACCAUUGCUCCUUCUGGUAGUUUUGUUACAUUGGGAUUUUUCUUUAUGAGACCUGGAUUUGCAUGUUGAACUUAAUUUUAGAAUAGCUUAAGACUUUUUAUUUUCUGUGUCUGCAUAAACCAUAACUCCUCAACAUGUUUUCUUUUUAAAUUUAAGCAUAUGAAUGUUUGUUUUAAAAUUUAGUCACCGGAUUUAGAGUUACAUCCCAUGCUAUUCAAACAUCGG